ACCAUUUUCAGUCUCUGGCUGGCGUUCGAGCUCGUUGGAAGUGUCGGGGAAGAUUGCGGCCAAAAAGUAGAUUAAAUUUGUAAUACAUUUAUUUAUUUAGCGGAAUAAUAGUGAGCAGGCAGAUAUGGAUUUGCACUUGAGCUUUGGUGAGAAGUUGAAAUUGGGCGCCAAAGUCAUUGGCCAUAAGGUCGUUCAGUACAAACUGGGCACGGGUCACACCAAAGAGUUGUCCACCAAAUAUGGCCAGUUGAAGGGUCAGCAGCGCAGAACCGUCUACGAUGCCGAACUCUACUACUCCUUCGAAGGGAUUCCCUUCGCCCAACCUCCACUGGGUGAACUGCGUUUCCGCGCCCCUCAACCUCUGAAAUCCUGGCAGGGAGUAAGGGAUUGCACCUACGCCAGGGAGAAGCCCAUGCAGAGGAACUCUAUUACCAACACUGCCGAGGGCUCCGAGGAUUGCCUGUAUCUCAAUGUUUACGCCAAGAAACUGGAGAGCCCAAAACCUCUGCCCGUGAUGGUCUGGAUUUUCGGAGGCGGUUUUCAGAUAGGCGGAGCCUCCCGAGAGCUCUACGGACCGGAUUACUUUAUGAAACACGAUGUCCUGCUGGUCACCCUCAACUAUCGCGUGGGUGCCCUGGGAUUUUUGAGUCUGAAGGACAAGACGCUCAAGAUACCCGGCAAUGCGGGUCUGAAGGACCAAGUACAGGCACUUCGCUGGGUCAAGGACAACAUAGCCAGUUUUAAUGGUGAUCCCGAGAAUAUAACCCUUAUGGGAGAGUCAGCCGGUGGGGCCUCCACCCACAUCCUCAUGCAAACGGAACAGGCCAGAGGACUCUUCCAUCGCGCCAUCGUUCAAUCGGGUUCGGCUUUAUGUGCCUGGGCCACGCAACCGGAUCGAAAAUGGCCCCAACGAUUGGGCAAGGAACUGGGCUAUGCCGGUAAUCUGGACAGCGAGAAGGAACUGCUGGAGUUCUUCCAGCAAAUACCCGCUGCCAAGUUGGCCUUGUACUGCAAUGCGAUUGUGACGCAGGAGGAGGAGCGGGACUAUGAGAUCUUGGCCUUUGCCCCGGUAAUCGAACCCUAUGUUGGCGAGGAUUGCGUGAUCCCAAAGACGCAACAGGAGCAGUUGUCCAGUGCCUGGGGCAAUCAGAUUCCGAUGAUCAUAGGCGGAACCUCCUUCGAAGGACUCUUCUCGUAUCAGACCACCUUGCAGGAUCCACUCUAUAUGCUGAGUGCCUUCGAGGCAAUCAUUCCCAAGCAAGUGCGAGAUGCCAUCGAUAAGGAUGAGCUGGCGGAGAUGGUAAGGAGGCUGAAGAAGUCCUACUUCGACGAUCCUGAACGGGCCAGCAUGGAGCUGUACGAAUGUCUGCACAUCCUGAGCAUCAAGAACUUCUGGCACGACAUUCAUCGCACUUUGCUCGCCAGAUUGGCCUAUGCGCCCAGCUCAUCCACGUAUCUCUACCGAUUCGACAUGGAUUCGCCCCACUUCAAUCACUACAGGAUCUUGAAGUGUGGUAGAAAGGUGAGGGGUGUGAGCCAUGCAGACGACAUCUCCUACUUGUUCUACGGAGUACUCGCCAGUAAAUUGGACAAGAAAUCUCCUGAAUACCGCACCAUUGAGCGGUUGGUUGGCAUGUGGACAGCAUUUGCCGCCACUGGAGAUCCCAAUUGCGAAAUCAUCGCCCCCGUGAAGUGGGAUCCUUUGCGACCAGGUGGCUCGGAACUCUGCCUCAACAUUGCCGAUGGUUUGGAGUUCAUCCCAUUGCCGGAAAGCAAACAGUUUGUUGUUUGGGAUAGUUUCUAUACCAGGGAGAGUCUCUACUAAGAAGAUUGCAUAACUAUCUCAAUUCGGGAAAUUCAAGCAGCUUUAAAUGGUGUUCUUAUUAAUUAAUUGAUCCUCCGUCAAUAAAGUCCAAUAUAGCUAGGCCAACUUAGUUAAGAAUGAAAUUCUGAAUUCAUUGUGCGUGGUUUUUAUAGGCUUUGUAAACUUUCACUUUUAUAUUAAGGUCGAUAGACUAUUCAGUACUCUUGAAUUUAUUAGCGUUAAACCGGUUAAUUCUACUAUUUUUCUAUGUCAAACUUUGAACAAAUUAUAGCGAAAAAUAAAACCAAAAAAUUUGUCACAGACAAAAUCAA